ACAUUAGACGGUCGCGAGGGCUGGACGACAAGCAGCGACAUCUACAUCCAUGCAAGUUUUAGGUCCGUAGGAGGACGAUAGAUGGCACUAGGUACGUGAUGUAGAGAUGGUCGCUAUAUCGCACUUAUCAAAAGUGCUUUAUGUACUAAGACGCACGUAAGUCAGUUCAUAAUUUAUUAAAAUAUUAAUAAUAAUAAUAUGUAUCUGGAUAAAUAACGUUAUGGGUAAACCCCGCAUCGCAUCAGGAAUUUGGCCACCUCUUGGGUAGCCAUCUUCCAUCUUCCUUUACGAGUGCGAAGCACAAGCGAUUUAGCGAUUUGCAAACGUGUAUUUUCACGCCUUGAUCACUACAACUGCCUCACCUGCCGCUGCAGGAUGGUGCGUCGCCGGAAACAACCAGGCCGGCAACAGACACGGCCAGUCUCUUCGUCCGCUGCACCGCAGGCAGCGCUGGCACCGCGCCCUCCCGCCGACCCCGGACCAGCCAGUCUCGGCACACCAGCACAAGACGUCGCUACGGAUAUCAGCUCGGACAGCCCGGAGGCAACGCCUCCUCGACGCUCGGUGACGCCGUCACGAGCAACCAGCCACACCCGCCGCCAAGGACCGGCCAGGACCGCCGAUCGCACAGCCCGCCGAUCGGCCAGCCCGGAGGGCACCGCCGCCCGGCACGGGGCGGAGUCGUACCGCGGUUCCAGCCGCGAACACCGACACAGGUCGGAAAAACGCUCAGCGAAGCGGCGCCACUGCUCCACCAGAGAGGCUUCAAGAUACCGACGACGCCGCUCACCGUCCCUGCGAACGUCGGACUCCGACUGGACCGAGUCUGACACGCCGUCCGACUCUUCGUCCGACCACGGUCGGGUGUCGAGGUCACGGAAGCGCUCCAAGACUCAAGGUCGACAGCCCAUCACGGACUUCCUGGACAUGAGUAUCGUGCCCCGGCGGUCUCAGCAGCCCCCACCGCCUAGAGGCCUAAAGCUGCCGACGGUCAGCGCCACAGCCCUCAAGACACUGGCCGACCGCAGCAAGGUGGCCUCAGUAGAGGCGGUGGUGUUCCCGCACGCGCCAUCGGACGGACCGCGGGGAGCUGCGCCGACGCGAUACCCGCCGCUGAGCCCGGCGGCCUACAUGCGGGGUGUCACCACCAUCGCCGCAUAUAGAACGUACUUCUUUCCAGCCGCGGCGGUGCAAUGGGCAACAUACCUACUCUGGAUCCAGAGCCGGGGUGAGAGCCUGCCCACAAGCGCGCUGCGCGACCUAGAUGAGCGAGCCCGCACACACAUGGCCACAUACGGGGACGACUACCAUGACGCUGCGUCCUUAACGGAGAGCACGGGAUUGGCCGGCGGCCUCCCGCCACCCGCCGCCCUAACGGCCGCCGCCAGCAGCCGUUACGCCGGACCCGCCGCACAGCGCCCAGGGGGCGCCCCAAACGAACUGUGCCUCCGCUACAACGGAGCCGGCUGCUACAGCGGGGGCACGUGCAAGCGCCAGCACGCCUGCACCAUCUGCCGCGGCCCGCACCCAGCCCGACAGUGCCUGAUGGCGGCCCCGGGCCAGCCAGGGUCCAUCCCCCAUCGGCCCGCGCUGACCGGGCCGAGACAGCAGAAGUCUCGCUGGCACUAA